UUGAGAAAUAUUUUCUCGGGUCGCUUUUGCGGUAUGAGGCUUGGCAUUAUCCUGCAAGAAUAUCACUUUCUUUCGAUUGAUCAAACAAGGCUGUUUCUGGAUGAGUGCUGCUUGUCCUCGUUGAAGCUGCUCACAGUACAAGUUAGCAGUGAUGGUUUGACCCCUUUCCAAAAAUUCAUGAUGGACAAUAAUUGCAGUUGCUGUUCACCAAAUACACAACAAAAUCUUGUUUGGGCGUGUGUGGUACCGAAUCAGUAGGUGACAACCAAUGAUACGAGCGCUUAAAAUUCGAAUACAAGAUCCAUUUUUCGUCGCAGGUUAAUAAUCGAUUAAGAAAUGGUUCAUUAGCGUUGCGUGAAAUGUUUGCUGAACAAACGGUAAGACAACUAACUGAUGAAGAUGCAAACGAAUGGUUUCAGGACUCACUCUGGACAUUUCUGCAAGUUCUUGGCACGUUGUCCUGGAAUUUGCGUCCACAACCUGUCGAAGAUCUUCGUUGUUAAUGAUUUUUGGUCUCCCUGCG